AUGGGAAACAACGCUGUCCAGAGAGACAGCCGGCGACCUACGAGGGCCGUUGAAAUUCAACGUGCCGAUUUGCCUGCAUUUGUUGCGGAUAGUGAUCUCAGUAAUUCAGAGUUGCAAGAUGUUCCCACCGCUUACAACGAUCAAAAUAAUGAUGGUUCAAGGAUUGAUCCAGAAUAUGUUGAUUUUGGCUUAAGAAAUAGCCAAUGUCAAUACUACAGUGCUCUGUUUUGGUCUACAGAACAGUCCGCAAAGAAUGUUCCAUCUACUUCUGCCCCGCAGUUCACCGCGUGUUGCAUGAGUCAAAAAAAUGAGGUGAGUAAUUGUAUUGGUUGUUUUGGUGGAUCAGAAGCGGUUGAAAAACUCGACCAUCAUGUUGUUGAUGGCCUCAUUAAAAUGCUAGACGAGUGUAAUGAGGUCAUUAAGCUUUUUAGGCUCGCCAAAGAUAUGAUUGAUGAAGGGUCCACAAGUCAUUUGCGUUUGCGUUUAUAUGGUGCGCAAGGCAAUCAUGAUGCACAAUAUAAUUUGCCUGUGUCUGACGAGAUAGGUGGCUUGAUAGUUGGGGAUAUUGGCGAAUUCCACACUGAAAGAGAUAUCAUUGUGAAGCAUAGGACGAAUGGCCUACAAAGAAUCACAAAGUUACAUCCUAAGUACAUGGCACUACAAUAUCCUCUUCUUUUCCCCUACGGUGAAGAUGGGUAUAAGAAAGGCCUUCCUUGGAGUCCAAAUUAUAAAGGGAAAAAACCAAAGACUGGGGGAGUUUCAAUGAGAGCGUUUAUGGCUUAUCAAAUUCAGAAUAGACCAGGACACAAUGAUACCCUGUUGAAAGGUGGCAUAUUAUUUCAGCAAUAUUUAGUUGAUGUAUAUGCCACGCUUGAAGAAGACAGGUUAGAUUUCAUCAAGGCAAAUCAAGAUUCUUUAAGAACAGAAAGUCUUAACGGAAUUCAUGAAGCGCUGAAAGCAAGAAAUAUAAGCAGUUCUGCUGUUGGCAAGAGAGUCAUUUUGCCAACUUCGUUUACUGGCAGCGUUAGAUAUAUGAUAAAUAAUUAUCAGGAUGCAAUGGCCAUAUGCCGUCACUUUGGAAAUCGUGAUUUAUUUAUCACUUUCACCUGCAAUGCUAAAUGGCCUGAAAUUAUUGAAGAUAUGCGUGAUAAACCUGGUUGUAGAGCUGAAGACAGGCAUGAUAUAGUCUCCAAAAUUUUUAAAGCAAAGCUUAAUCAUAUGAUUAAAUUCAUCAAAUCAGGGAAACCUUUUGGCGAUGUUGAAUCUGUGAUUUACACGGUGGAGUUCCAAAAACGGGGUCUUCCUCAUUGUCAUAUCUUGCUCUGGGUGAACAAAUAUUAUAAAUGUCACUCUCCCUACGAUGUUGAUUCUAUUAUUUCGGCUGAACUUCCUGAUAAAGAUUCUGACCAAGUUGGGUAUGAUGCAGUUUCGCAGUACAUGAUCCAUGGGCCAUGUGGUCCUGCAAAUCGAUUUUCACCAUGCAUGAAAGAAAACAAAUGUUCAAAAAAAUUUCCAAAACCUUUCACAAGUGAAACCACUUUUUCGGAUGAUGGUUUCGUUGCUUAUAAGCGUCGAGAUAUAGAAAAUCUGUUUGUUCUGAAAAAUGGAAUCAAGCUUGAUAAUGCAUUUGUUUUCCCUUACAAUCGUGAGCUAUUAUUGAAUUAUCAAGCGCAUAUAAAUGUUGAAUCAUGCUCUCAAUCAACACUCAUCAAAUAUCUUUUUAAGUACAUAACUAAAGGCGUUGAUCGGGCUAGAGCUGUUUUUGAGGAUAAAGAGUUUGAUGAGGUUGUGGCUUAUUUAAAUUGUAGAUAUUUAUGCCCUUACGAAGCUGUUUGGAGAUUGUUACAGUUUCACAUUCAUUUUAGGGAACCAUCGGUUGAAAGAUUGUCUGUUCACCUUCCAUUUGACCAAAAUGUUGUUUUUAGAGAGAUCGAUGAUCUCAACUAUGUUAUCAACAACCCUAAUCUCGAAAGAACAAUGUUAACAAAAUGGUUUGAAACCAAUGUCCAAGACUCUGAUGCACGUAAGUUAUCUUACGUUGAAUUUCCUACUAAGUACGUUUGGAAAAAUGAUAGGAAACAAUGGAGCCGUAGAGAACAAGGUAGAUCUUUGGGUAGGGUUGUGUAUGUUCACCCUGCUGCUGGUGAAUUAUACUAUUUGAGGUUGUUGCUUAACUACCAGAAAGGCAGCUUUAGUUUUGACCAUUUAAAGAUUGUCAAAGAUGUUCUUGAACCCACAUUCCAAGCUGCAUGUACAUCCCUUGGUUUAUUGGGAGAUGAUAGGGAAUGGAAUAGUGCUAUGUUAGAAGCAGUUAUCACUGCGUCAUCUUUUCAAUUAAGGCAGUUGUUUGUCACAUUGGUGCUCUUUUGCAAUGUUGCUGAUCCAUUAACUUUGUUUGAAGCGCAUUGGAAGUCCAUGUGCGAUGACAUUUCCAGAAACAUGCUUAACGUUUUUGGCCCGCAAGAUGUUUCUAAAUACCAGGAUGAACUUAGAAAUUCUCUUUUGUAUGAGUUAGAAAAGUUGUUCACAGCUUCGAAUACUUCUUUAUCAAAAUAUCACCUGCCACAACCGAACAAUCUAAUGAUGGAUAGACUGAAGAAUAGGAGUUUGAGAGAAGAGUUAAAUUACAAUGCUAACUCACUAAAACAAGAGCACUCACUUCUGAUCAGCCAAUUAAACAAGGAGCAAAAAUUAGUUUAUGACAGCGUCAUAGACACGAUUGACAACAACAGAUCUGGCCUAUUUUUUGUGCAUGGUCAUGGUGGGACAUGCAAGACUUUUUUGUGGACCACCAUCAUAGCUAGAAUUAGAUCCCAAAAUCAAAUUGUUUUAGCGGUGGCUUCAUCUGGAAUUGCCUCCCUCUUGCUUCCUGGUGGAAGAACAGCUCACUCUAGAUUUAAAAUUCCUAUUAACCUCACAGAUUGUUCUGUUUGUGAGAUUAAAAAAGGGACUCAUCUUGCAAAACUAAUCACUGAAGCUGCUCUUAUUGUCUGGGAUGAAGCCCCCAUGAAUCAUAAACGAUGUUUUGAAACUCUUGAUAGAUCUCUUAGUGAUGUUAUUAAAGGGUCAAAACCAGGCUUUGGCCAUUUGCCAUUUGGAGGUAAACCAAUUCUUUUUGGAGGUGAUUUCAAGCAAAUUCUUCCUGUUGUUCCAAGCGGAAGUGUUGCUGACAUUGUUCAAGCUUCAUUGACGAGUUCAUACAUUUGGUCCUAUUUAACUAUAUUUUUCCUAAAGCAAAACAUGAGGCUUUCGAAAACAGGUCUAAACGAAGUGGAAAAAAAAGAACUUGCUGAUUUUGCAAAGUGGAUAUUAGAUAUUGGAAACGGUACUGUUGCCAGAUCUAUAUCUUCAGCUGAUGAAGAAAGCUCCUGGGUCGAAAUUCAAAAACAAUUCCUUAUCCAUUUUGAUGAAGAUCCCAUCAAAUCCAUGGUUUCAGCUGUGGUCACCUCAGCAAAAGGUCUCAAAAUUGUUAUUGCUCACAAUGCUGACGUGCCUUACGGUUAUACAAAAAACAUCGUUUACAAAGAUAUUGAUGGAGCUGAUGCCGAUUUGUCUUCUGAAGCCCUACCAACCAGGGAGCAAACUCCAGAUCCGAGUUUGCAGGAUGUGGGUCACAAAAAGCAUCGGACAUGA